AUGCUGGUUCCCAGCCCCGAGAUAAUGUCUUGGAAGGAGGAGCGUAUGAGUUCACCCUCAUGUUUCAUCCAGCGCUUGGACCACCUUGUGUUGACUGUGAAGAGCAUUGAGGACACCGUGGCCUUUUAUUCCAAAGUCCUGGGCAUGCAGGUGGUGACUUUCAAGGGAACUCGCAAAGCUUUACAUUUUGGCAACCAGAAGUUUAACCUGCACGAGGCUGGGAAGGAGUUUGAACCCAAGGCUCGUUGCCCUGUCCCUGGCUCUGCAGAUCUCUGCCUUAUCACAGAGGUGCCCCUGGACCAGCUGCAGGAUCAUCUGAAGGCCUGUGGGGUGCUUAUUGAGGAAGGUCCCGUGGCCAGAACUGGUGCCAUGGGUCCAAUAACAUCCAUCUACUUCCGAGACCCCGAUGAGAACCUGAUCGAGGUUUCCAGGUACUGCCCAGAUGCGACUGCAGCCCACAGAGGAGAACCCUGACCACAGCCUGUUCUGUGCCUGCAUCCCAGCAGUCGGCAGGAUGCAGAGGCCAGGCUUUUGGUGGCCAGUUUACAGGUUCAAGCUUUUAUUUUGCAAACCUAGGACGAGGCUCAAAUGAAUAAUUUAAAAAGCAAUCCCACGAUUAUUUAAAAAGCAUAAAACAAUAAGGAAGGACUUGGGGGUUUUCAAGGAGAGCAGUUCCCCAGCUGGCCACACUGCGGUAGCAAUGUUAUCAUCACUGCUGGAAAGCAGAGAGGCCUCUUCUGACCUCUACAGCCAAAAUCCUCUCUAAAAUUGAAAUAAUCCCUGAACUGUGCUAUUUUGUGGGUUUUUUUCUGCUGGCAUUUCUCGGGAAAUCCAAAUUGCUCCGUGCAAAAAUGCUAGUCCCUAAAAACUGCAGAGCUGUGGAUUGCCAUAGGUGGGGGCUGAGGGAAGGAAGGUUCUCCCAGCUCCAGCUGAGGCUGAGCCCCUGUGGGAGCCAAGGACAAGCUGGGAGGAAGCCGCAGACAUCUCACAGCGUUACCCUGGGAACGGGGACGGGGGGGGACCCUGGGGGGGGACCCUAGGGGGGACCCCGGGACAGCGGAGCCCGCGCGGUCCUAGAGCCCGCGCCCCGAGCGGCGGCCGCUCUCCAGGGUGCUGAGCGCGGCGGCGGCUGGCCCCGCCCGGGCACCCUACGGGUGGGUCCUGCCCAUGGGUGAGAACUGACCACGGGCUGGUCCUGCCGAAGGGUUGGUUCUGCCCAUGGGAUGCCAUGGGUGGGUCCUGUCCACGAGUGGGUCCUGCCCACAGGAAAGGGCUGAUGGCAUUCUGCUCCCGCCAGCCCUUCUACAGCUUUCCUCCGCUCUCCACUGGCCCGGGCUUCUUUGUGGCCAAGUGCUUGUGCCAGCAGAGCCCUAUUGAUUUCUGGUGUGGGACUGUAGUUAUUGAUUGAUUACCAACACGGAUUCUGCUUGUCUCUGCACUGCAAGUGUCCUUUCAGUCACUGAGCUUGCUACCAUAAAUACGUUUGUGGAGAAA